UUUUUUCUCUUAAUUACCAAACACAGCCUAAAAGUGAGAGAGAUUUUGUUUCGAUUUCAUUUUGGAGUUCCUCUCUUUUCCGUACUUGCGGUCCCUUUCUAGCUUUCUCACCGCCUUGAUAGAUACGUAUGAACACUUAUCAGUUACCACCAUCCAUGCGUUCUUGAGUUUCUCUCUCCUCUGUGAUUACGAAGAAGCUUCGGUUGUUCUUUUCAAAUAAGAUUUCUUGUCGGAUGCUCAUUUCUGCUGUCUGCAACUAUCAUGGAUGUCUUUUAUUGAUUAUUGUUGGAAGAGCUUGUCCCAAUUUAAUGGUGGUUCAAUCCAAAUUGUUUGGUGGGCUAUUUUUUGGGGGAAAGAGUGAAUUAUUAGGAGAUUUCGACCAUUUUUUACCCAGUAUAAACUGGAAUGGUAUUUAUGUUCAUUGAAGUCGUCCAGGCUUGUUUUAGUAGCAGAGCUCACAGGGGAUUUUGAGUGGAAGAGUUUAGGGAGUUGUUCUUUUGGUGUUUUGUGUAUUUUCUUUGUGGUUUCUAAUGGCUGAGGAACUUAGGGAACCAAUAUUGAAGAAGGUCUACUAUGAGAAUUGUCCGGGUUGUAGGACGGACCGUAUGAAGGAAGCACAAAAGGGUGUGCCUUUCAAGAACUUCGCCUUCAUUUGGCUAUGCUCCUUGUGCAGUGCUUUGCCGAUUGCAUCCCUCUUUCCAUUCUUAUACUUUAUGAUUAGGGACUUGCAUAUUGCGAAAAGAGUAGAAGACAUCGGUUUCUAUGCAGGAUUUAUCGGAUCUUCAUUUAUGAUUGGGAGAGCUUUGACCUCUACUUUAUGGGGAAUGGCAGCAGAUCGAUACGGUCGAAAACCUAUAAUAAUGAUUGGGACAGUUUCUGUGCUUAUAUUCAACACGCUCUUUGGCCUUAGUACAAAUUAUUGGAUGGCACUUUCUACGAGGUUUAUUCUUGGAGGUUUCAAUUGCGUACUCGGCUCAAUAAGGGCAUAUGCUACUGAAAUUUGCAAAGAUGAAUAUCGAGCUUUGGGACAAUCAGUUGUUAGUACGUCAAGGGGCAUAGGACUGAUUAUUGGACCAGCUAUUGGAGGUUAUCUUGCACAGCCUGCAGAGAAGUUCCCACAUUUAUUUUCGAAAGACUCACUGUUCGGGAGGUAUCCGUACUUCUUACCCUGCCUUGUCAUAUCAAUCUUCUCAGGAGGUGUAUUUAUUGCUUGUUUCUGGCUUCCAGAAACUUUGCAUAUGCAUCCAAAACAAAAUGAAAACUCAAAUGAUGCACAUGAAGGUCCUUCAUGUGGAACUGAUGAGAAGGAAGCUAUCAAAGAAACUGAAGACAAAGGGUCAUCUAGUAUUGACGAGAAUCUUUUAAAGAAUUGGCCCUUAAUGUCAACCAUCAUUGUAUAUUGUGUUUUCUCACUGCAUGAGAUGGCUUACUCAGAGAUAUUCUCACUAUGGGCUGUCAGUGGUAAGAAGUAUGGAGGAUUGAGCUUUACAUCUCAGGCAGUUGGUCAGGUUCUUGCAAUUUCAGGCUUUGGUCUUCUAUUAUUUCAAUUUUUUGUAUUUCCACUUGUUGAGAAGAGCCUUGGACCGAUAAUGACUACUCGUGUUUCAGCGAUUUUAUCACUUCCAUUGACGCAAAGUUUUCCAUUUAUGGCUGGGUUAUCGGGAUUCACUCUUGACUUGAUACUAAAUGUUGUAUGUAUAUUCAAGAAUGCUCUAUCUGUGUCAACUAUCACUGGAUUAUUCAUUUUGCAGAAUGUUGCUGUUCCCCAACAUCAAAGAGCAGCAGCGAAUGGCAUUUCUAUGACUUUAAUGUCUCUUUUCAAAGCAUUUGGUCCAGCAGGAGGAGGUGCCCUCUUUUCAUGGGCACAAAAGCGUCUGGAUGCUACCUUCCUACCAGGUGAUCAUUUGGUUUUCUUUGUUUUAAAUGUAAUUACUUUUGUUGGGGUGCUGAUGACUUUCAAGCCGUUCCUACCUCCACCCCGUUAGUGGAAAAUAUUCAGAGGGAAAGUUCCAACUUUAUGAAUGGAGUGAAUGGAGAUGACUUCUGUAACCACACUUGGGCCAGAGUCCUUUCCAGUUUUCCUCUACCGUGGCUCCUGUCCUCUUCCAAUUGCCCUUUAGUCUAUGCAUGGAAUACCCAACUAUGGAGAUGGCUUAAUUUACUCUAUGCUAGGCUCCAAAUCCCACGACUGCAUGAGCAAGUAUGUGUAAAACCAAGUAUUAAUUCAGCUUGAUGAUUUUCAGCAUGUAAUUUUGAGAGCCUAUGAUUUUGUUGAAAAUAAAGGUCACAGAUAAGUGCACAGAUUCGAUCAGAUCAAAUAGCUUUUAUAUC